CGACGACGACUUCACUUCAAGGAUAUUGGAAGAGAUAAAGAAGAGACUGCAAAGAAGAGCCAGAGGAAGGGCAGAGGUGAAGAGGUGAAGAGGCGAAGAGAGGAGAGACUGGAAGACUGCAAAGAGAGAUGGCGGUUCUGCGGCUCUACUUGACUGCUUCCAUCGACUACUGACUACGCCUGCCUACACAGCGGGACAGGCAAGAUAUUCUACUCUGAUGAGAGUCUCGAAUAUAUCAGAUCUACGGCAGCUAUAGAAGCCAUCAUGGGCAUCUCCAGUGGCUACAGGGGAAAUUGAGUCACUAUAGCGCGGAGGAUGCAUGCAAGCCUCAUUCACACCAUGACUCAUAGCCAGGACAGAGUCAGGAUUCACGAUGUUAAAUGCGAGUUGAAGACAGAUAUAAAGACGGUCUUCUGCCUUUACUACUUCAAAUACCACAUUAUUUCUAUCUUCUACAACCAGCUGCCCCAGUAUACCAUGUCUCUUUGAUCAGCCCAUCAGCUACAAUGGUUAAAACAAGAUUCGUCUGCGUAUCCGAUACCCACGGGUACGGGACACGCGAGGCGGCUUUCAGGUUGCCCAAGGGAGACGUCCUUAUACAUGCUGGAGACAUCACCAACAAGGGAACGGUAGAGGAGUUCCGCAAGUCGGCCCAGUGGAUCCGAGAAGCAGACUUUGAAGUCAAAAUCGUUAUCGCAGGUUUGUUAAUAUCUUUUCGCUCCUUUUUAACAACCGCCAACAUGUCACUGCUACUCACAUGUCUAUAUGGCAAAUCUUAUGGCAUUGAGAUGGCUGACAUGACGGGUUUAAAGGCAACCAUGAUGCUCCGUUAGAUAAGGAGCUCUACAAGGGCCACACGAAAUUCUUCCAUGGAAAGAAGAUCGUUAAUUCGGAUGAGUGCCUUGAACUUAUCUCUGCUGGGGGGAUAACCUACUUGGAUCAUACGUCCAAGAUAAUACGUCUUAAGCGUAAAAACGGGCCAAGGACGAUGUUCAAGGUGUUCGGUUCUGCUCGUCACCCUACAAACAAUUUCGGGUGGAACGCGCCUUUUGGCUAUCCUGCCAAAUCUCCAGAGGAUGCGCGCAAAUGGUGGAGUCAAAUUCCUUCCGAUGCUGAUGUUGUUGUUACCCAUACCCCAGCCAAAAAUCAUCUUGAUUUGACUACUCACCACGGCAACAUUGGGUGCGAACAUCUACGCCAGGCCCUGUGGAGUAUUCGACCCAGACUGUCUAUCUGUGGCCAUGUUCAUGAGGCCAGAGGAUAUGAGAGGGUCAUAUGGGAUGUCGACGACACUAAACCCGGAGCUUUCAGUGAAACCAGUACGACUGUUGGAAGUCUACCUCCUCGGGAGAGCAAGAAGAUGUCGCGCGUCGAUUUGACUGGAAAGACAUACCCCCGUCUGGCAAAUGAAGGACCCAAGGAUCCAGCAAGGAGUGAGACAUGCUUCAUCAACGCGGCUAUCCUGGCAACUCACUAUCCUCAUGCAGGAGGGCGGAAGUUCAAUUCUCCGAUUGUGGUUGAUCUCGACCUCCUGCUUGAUGACGAGCAGGAACCAGAGCAAAAUUAACAGACGAAGGAUGCUAGAGAUGAACAUUCUGUGCAGCCAUAUUGAGGGCAUACAAACAUGCCCGGACUAAACAGCUUUUACCCCCGCCAGGCUGGCAUUAACAAACUGGCGCUUGCUACCGUCGUUACGGACACUCGUUUAAUCUUUUCUAAAUUGACCAUACUAACACGAUCUAACAAUCGUCAAUCAACUAUCCUUAUGUGUUUUCUGGGAGCCUACGCUUCACCUUCAUGGUUCAUCGAUCAUAGUCAACCUCGUCUUGUCAGGCUCACUGCUACCCAACCUCGCCAACACGUGAAUGAGUAUGGCUCCAAUCCACCAUACACAUGUUAACCACCUAUAGGCGCUGUAGCCCAAGGCAAUACGAAGUCGAAGUCCAUCCUUAUUCUUCUAUUCAAUAAUAGCGGCUCAAGUAUAUCUGAGCCUAACCUAGCAAUAAAAAUACACCACUCGCUUGCCCUAUCUCGCCUUGCAUCCUGUGAUUCAAUCUUCUGCCAUCAGUCCUCCUUCCUCAACGUAUGGUUAAGCGCUGAUCAUAACGUGCCAUAAAAUGAGGCGUAUAGCAUAUCUUAUGCCACGGUGUAAACGAAGUCUGAUAUCAAAGUGUAGUCGAGUAUUCGAGCAUAACUACCAUCACCUGGGACGUCAGUCACGCCAGACUUGUAUCCAAAAUGCCGUUUUUGAGUAAUGAUUCGAUAUGUAGGAAAUAUACUUCCUCGAGACGUGAGGCGAUGUGCCUAUGCUUAAAUCACGCGAGGCUGCCAAUUAGGGCUCGUCCUCUGCCUCGAUAAUCUAUCAGGGAGCUCA